UGUCACCACAGCCAGUCUCAUUUCUCUCCUCCUCCUAUGCUUUCCCUUCCUCUUUUCUCCUCUGACCGACAUCCCACACACCCUACACGUCAGAAGUUCUUCAUAUUCCCCCAAGGAUAAGAUGCCAUGGAGGCCACCAAAACAACGGUGCUGUGUUUCUGCUCCGUCCUGUUUUUCCUAACAGAUGUCAGCUGUGAAUUGGUUCAUGUUCGUUCACUGGUUUAUUUCGGAACCGAAGGGAGGCCCCUGCUCCUGUCUGUGGAUGCCAAAUUUCCACUGGAAGAAGCUGAGAUCCAGGGAACUUGGUCUCACACCAAACUGAAUGGCGCCAGAACCACGUUGGUCUCGUUUAACAAAGAAAGUGAGAUCAUGAACAUGAUGUACCUCAAGCACCUCCACUUCAGACACCCAAACGCUUCUCUGCUCAUUGUGAAGUUGAACAAAGACGACGAGGGGUAUUAUCAUCUGAGCCUCAACAUAGAGUUUUACAACCAAAGAGGACUAAUCAUCAAAGAAGAAAGAACUAUUUAUGUGACAGUAGAUGAGCCUGUCUCAACACCAGUCAUUGAGAAGAAACCAUCCUACGCAGUCAUAGAAGACAAAGCAAAUGUCACUUGGACUUGUUCUGUUGAGAAAGGAACAAGAGUUGUCUUCCAGUGGCUUAGGGAUAACGCUGCACUGACGCCCAGCAAAAGAUACCACUUCAUUCAAGACAACUCCACACUGUUGAUUAGCCCUGUGAGAAAGGAGGACAAGGGCACUUAUCGCUGUGCUGCCAGCAACCCAGUGAGCGAAAUCAGGAAAAGCAGGGGAGUGGAGCUCAAUGUUUACUAUGGCCCCUACAACCUGGAGGUGAAUUCCGGCCAGGGCCUACGAACAGGGGAGGUGUUCACCAUCAAUCCUGGAGAGCUGGUGUACUUCGAAUGCCAGGCUGACUCCAACCCCCCCAACAGUUACGUCUGGAUCUCCAAGAGCCGCAAUGCGACUCAGAUCAUCACCGAGGGCCCGCGGCUGGAGGUGUUGUCCUACAAGCUGGCCCAGACUGAGGAGUACAUGUGCCGUGCCUUCAACAACGUGACGAAGAAGCAGGACGAGGCCCAGUUCACUCUGGUGGUGGCCAGCUUGGGGACAGGGAAAGAGAAAUACACCCAUGAUGGCAAAUCUGUGUCUCCGCUGGCAGUCAUUGCUGUCUGUUCUUCGUUUAUCAUUGGCUUUAUGCUGCUGUUCCUCCUCCGCACGAUAUGCCAUCCAAAAAGAGUCCUCAUGAGUAUCUACAACAGACCAUUUUCAUCGCAGAAACGAGCACAUCUUUCAGGUCAUGAGGAUGCAAAAGAGGACUUUGGCAUCUAUGAGUUUGUCUCCAUACCAGGAAAAAUGGAAUCCACACAGGCAUCAUGCAAAUCUCUUGCUCGGUUCGAAUCCAUUCAGGAUAUGCACACCACCAUCUACGAUGUGAUCAGACAUGUCCCAGAAUCCCCUAGUACCAGCCUGCUGAAGUAACUGCUUGCUGGAAGUUUCAGUUAACAUACUUGAAAGCUUCUGUGUAGCUUCAUUCUUGUGUUUGCAGCCCAACAGUUUUGUUGCACAAAGUAUGAAGGAGACCUAGUGGGGUAAGCAACCUGAAUAUGCACUGCUACUGUUCAGAGGUGGGGACAGAUAUUUAUCAUCUUCUACCAGAAAUUCAUGUUGGAAAGAAAUGCAUGAAUGAUUGGAUAUCUUUAAAAAUGUUUAUUUAAAUAGAUUUUUUUUGGUUCAAGGGUGAAGAUCAUUAAAAACCAAGCUGAUCUUUGCAUUACUUUGAACUUUUAGAAUGUAUCAAUAACCAAAACACACAGAUAACUUCUAUAAAACAGUUAUUAGGAAAUAAUUUAGCUUCCAACGUCUAACAGUCCCUGAUAUAAACAUAUGUUUUCUGAGAAGUGUUACAAUAAAUGCAUUUUCUUGCUUUAUUGUAAAUAUUGUACAUGGAAACUUUACAUAUAUUAUUCUAUUUAUAUAUUUUUCUCUAGUCUUUGAAGUCCUGUAUGGAAAAAACAGAACAUACAAAAAAUAUUGCAAAUGUCUGUCGUUAGGGUGAAUACGGCUCAGAAUAGUACAUUUUUCUUAUAUUUUUCAUUUUCAGGAGGAAAACAUAGGAAAGUUUCUUUGUUCACUUAUGAAUUUACCACUUCGUAUGACCAUCCACAAUGCUCAUACUAAAAUUAUAUGUACAUAUUUUAUUGUUUAAAUACAAGUUGUGUAUUUUUCACAAACUGAACAUUCUUGCAGUGUCUAAUCUUACCAUUGUUACUGAAUGUAAUUUGUUGCUCCAGCUAAAUGGGAGCCACAUUAUCAGCUAAAAACAGGGAAUUUUGCAAGACCUUGUCUACAUGCAAACUAAAUUUUAAGCAAGAAAAGUUGAACAGUUCACAUCACUUUUUUGUUUUGUUUUUCUGUAUUUGUGUAGCCUUAGCAUGUGGAGCUUUCUAAAAAAAAGUGUACCGGCCUACUUUAUACAUGUCCACUAUUGUUUUUGGUGGGCUACAUUAAGACCGGACCCAGUUUUUUCCACAUCAGUCUCGCUUUGUCAUGAACUAUAUUACCAUUCAAGUUUAAAUGUGUCUGAAAAAGUUAAGAAAUGCAAGGAAAUGUUGAACAAUGUCGAAGAAAAUUUGGCUACAGAUCUUGUUGAGGAAUCUUCAACCCAGCACAAAUUUAGCCUUGCUUCAGAAAAUCUUCCUUUGAAUUUCAAUGAUUGAUUAUUUGUUAACUUUAUUGCCAUUCACUGGUAUGAAAUUAACAUUUCCACAUUUGUUUUGUUGGAAUUCUAAUGCCGGGGUGGAAAACAGAUAUUGUAAGGGUCAGGGCCACACAGGCUAACUAAAGCUAACGCAUCGGAAGCCCUGCAGUGCAUCAUAUCAGUUGACAUGAUGCGUUGCCCCACGUCGGAUGUGUUGGGGAGAUCUGUGAUGAGACAGAACAGUUUUGUCAGUGUGAACUCUUUUGGAACAGAACAGGUUUGAAAAUUAUCAUUGAUCACUCCAGUCUGCCGGUUUGGGUUUUUAAAAAAGAAUAUAGAAUAUAGGGUUGUAUUUUUUGAAGCCUGUCCUAAAUCACUAAUAUCUGUUGCCCUUUAUCACCACUGUCUUAUGUAAAGCAUUCCUUGUCUUUACCUUGUCACUUUGAAAAGAGAAGACAUGCACAUUUAAGCUGGAGAGCAAAAGUAGUUUUGAGCAAAUAUGUGCUUCAGCUUCUAUCUUAGGCUGUUUCACUUCGGGGGCACAGAGCAUGGCUCUCCACAAAGUCUCAACAAAACAUACAAGUGAGUUUUGUCUUAGCUCAGCAGCUAAACAAGCUAAUUUCAAUAAAAAUUUAAAAAUAGUGUCAGAGCUUGCUUUUAUUUCCCCCUCAUAAUCUGUAAACAUAGCUGAGUUUAGCCUUCAUUCCGAAAAGAAAAAAUGACAAUGUAUUAAGCACCACUGAGCCUGGGCGCAAUUUGGAGGUGCCCGACCUUCUUCCCAUCUCCGAGCUUAAAAGCCUUCUUGCCCCUACCAAAAGUGCUGUUUUGUAUCUUGUUUUUCUGAUAGAAAGUCAGAUGAAAUAUUAUUAAGGGAAAUUGUUUUGGAGGAGUAGGUCAAACACGCAGCUUCUGGAAGGCAGGGAGUACAAUUUUAGAUGCUCUUAGUUUGUGCUUCCCAUUUUGGUUACCUUUUACAAAACAGCAAUGAAGACAGGAGAACAGUUAAGAUCUAUUAAAAAAUUCACUAGAAUGUUGUUCUUCUUCUUGCCUACUUUGCCAAUGUACUUGAAUCUGUGUCUCCAAAUCUAGUUUUUUUUUGCUUUGCAUUUCCUGUUCAAACUAAAUAAAAUCUAAUGCUUUAAGAAAAAAAACAACUAUUAAUUAUUUUGAUAUUUUUGUAAAGUUUGUGUAUAUGUGUUUUGUACUUUAUUAAAGACAUAUCUGUUUAAUUUUA